AUGCGCCUCCCAAUCCCAUUAACCACAACGACCCUCCUCCCCCUCCUCCUCGCCAUCACCACCAUGCACCUCCCACAAACGCAAGCCUGCACGCCACCCCCCGACCCAACCGCAGAGUACCUCCUCACGCGAGCGCCCUGCACCACCGACGCCACCUGCCCGCCCCACGAAUUCUGCUUCCACCCGGCCAACCGAUGCCUCCCGCGCUUGUCGGCAGGGACCUGCUGCGCCACCGACACAGAAUGCAGCACCAACUACUGCCAGACGGGGAGCUGCGCGCUGAGCCAGACGGGGAAACCCUGCACCACCGUCUCAGACUGCAGUACCGGCACCACCAGCGGACAACAGCGAUGGUGCGGGUUCGGGCUGUGUGCGGCGGGGAUCUGUGCGCGACCCGGCGGGGAGUACGGGGCUGUCUGUCAGCGCACUGAAGAGUGUGUCGCUGGGCUGGUGUGCGCGUAUAGCCUGUUCAGUGAGGAUCGAUCCACGAAAAUAUGUCAGGCGGCGCCGGGGCCGGGGGCGUACGGCGCGGCGUGUGCGGGCGACGCGGAUUGUGUGUCGGGGAACUGUGGGGUGAAUGGGGAGUUGGUCUGCGGGGAGCCGAGGCUCGGCUAA